GAAUGUACCGUUCACAUUUUAUAUUUUGUACUGUUUUGUUUGGCCCCCAUCCAUUAUUAUCUUCAAGUAGAUUUUGUAGUGAGGAAUUGUUUGAGCCAAAGUAGUGAGUCUGAGCCACACCCACCGAACUCCAUUUCCCAUGAGUCUUUGCGCACGCGCUGUUUCUGGGUGUCUAGCAACAGCUAACCAGCCCGGCCAGGCGGACACCAGCCGGCGGCAGCAGCAGCAGCGAUUCUCGGCGUGUCUUCCGGUAAAUUGCUCGCUGUCGGGGUUUUCGCAUUUCGUCGGGACCGAGUCACACGGCUGGCAAGAAAAGAGAGCGGGAAGACAACCGCGAGCGAGCCCUGCGCAAAGAUAUGAGCGGCAGCGGGCGGCCCAGGACCAGCUCGUUUGCUGAGCCGCCAGGACUUCCGGGAGCCGCCGCCGCGCCCGCUGCCGUGGGGAGCAGCACAGGAAAGUCCGGGGUCCCACAGGCCUCCGGCGGCAGCUUGUCGGGAUGCUCGAACCUCAAACUAGCCAGAGACAGCGGCAAGGUGACGACGGUCGUGGCCACGCCGGGUCAGGGCCCGGACCGCCCGCAAGAGGUGUCCUACACUGACAUCAAGGUGAUCGGCAACGGCUCGUUCGGGGUGGUCUACCAGGCGCGCCUCAUCGACAGCCAGGAGAUGGUGGCCAUCAAGAAGGUCCUCCAGGAUAAGCGGUUCAAGAAUCGUGAGCUGCAGAUCAUGAGGAAGUUGGACCACUGUAACAUCGUCAAACUACGUUACUUCUUCUACUCCAGUGGCGAGAAGAAGGAUGAAGUGUACCUCAACUUGGUGCUGGACUUUGUCCCUGAGACGGUCUACAGGGUGGCCCGGCAUUUCAACAAGAACAAGAGCAUCAUUCCCAUCAUCUACGUCAAGGUGUACAUGUACCAGCUGUUUCGCAGUUUGGCUUACAUCCACUCGCAAGGCGUGUGCCACCGGGACAUCAAGCCGCAGAACCUGCUGGUGGACCCCGAAACCGCCGUCCUCAAGCUGUGCGACUUUGGCAGCGCCAAGCAGCUGGUGCGCGGCGAGCCCAACGUGUCGUACAUCUGCUCGCGCUACUACCGAGCGCCCGAGCUCAUCUUCGGCGCCACCGACUACACGGCCAACAUCGACAUCUGGUCGGCGGGCUGCGUCCUGGCCGAGCUGCUGCUGGGCCAGCCCAUCUUCCCCGGCGACAGCGGCGUGGACCAGUUGGUGGAGAUCAUCAAGGUGCUCGGCACCCCGACCAGGGAGCAGAUCCGGGAGAUGAACCCCAACUACACAGAGUUCAAGUUCCCGCAGAUCAAAGCUCACCCUUGGACCAAGGUGUUCAAGCCGCGUACGCCGCCCGAGGCCAUCGCGCUGUGCUCUCGCCUGCUGGAAUACACGCCGGCCUCGCGCCUCUCGCCGCUGGAGGCGUGCUCGCACACCUUCUUCGACGAGCUGCGGCAGCCCAACGCGCGGCUGCCCAGCGGACGGGAACUGCCCGUGCUCUUCAACUUCAGCACUACAGAGUUGUCCAUCCAGCCUCAGCUGAACUCCACACUCGUCCCGCCGCACGCUCGCGCUCACUCGGCUGCUUCCUCCCACGAUGGGACCGGCCCUGACGCCUCCCAGUUGGGCCCAGUACCCGGAACUCUUAACAGCAUCUGAAGCGGCCAAUCGCCUGCCUGCCUGCCCGCCCGGCCAGCCCCGCCCUCCUGUCUCGCUCUCUCUUUUGCCCUCUCUCUCUCUCUCUCUCUCUCUCUCUCUCUCUCUCUCUCUCUCUCUCUCUCAAACAGACAGACAAACACAUACAUGAAUAUGUAACUGCUCGUGUGUGCGCUGCUCGCGCUCCUCGUAGAUGAUGUUUUUGUACAGUCAUCGCAGCUGGAGAUUCUCACACACGCACAUACACGGACAACACACGCAUAACACACAGCACUGUCUGACUGCUGCUCCAGUGGUAUGUGAAGGUUCAAACGUGGGGGCUGGUCCUCUGUAAUAUAACAGUUUUUUUUUUUUUUUGUAUUGACUUUUUUCCCCCCACCCCCUGUUCUUCACCCAUGUUUGUCUUUAUUUAUUUGAACACAUCUCUCACACACGUUUCCUCAUUUCCUUUUUUGUUUUGUUUGUUGAGUUUGAAAUCAUUGUCAAGCGCGUACGAGGUCGACUGGGCACUGCAGAAUGUUCGCCUCGGGCCGGAGGAGAUGUUCACUCAGGAGAUGCUCCCAACUUCUUCCACACACAUUUUUAUUAUGAUUACUAUUCAUAUUUUAUGUUUCUCACCGCGGUCACAUGUUCCGCUUCCGUCUUUCACUUAUUUUCUUCUCAGAAAAAAAAUCCCUUUUUAGAGAAUUUUAUUGAACAUUGUCGUGUUUUUAAGACAAAUGUUUCUUUUUUUCUUUUUAAAGCCUUGAGACCUGCUUGUGGUUUCCCAUAAAGCACUAGCGAGCAUCUCAACACUAGUUGACAUAGACUCAUCACGUAGCGUAAAUGCUGGCUGGAAGAACAGAGUGAACAGUAAUCCCUCGGCCAAUAGCGAACACCGCAAGUAAUUGAUGUUUGAGUGUCAGGUGCCUAAACCGACUCCCAACGCGUUGCCAUUUCUCUCCUUUGUAAUCGACGUGACAAGCCGAUAGUCGACUCCUAAUCUUUAGCUUCAACUCAAAAGCGGUGCUGAUCGCAACUCCAAAGUGAUGCAACGCUGCCAUCUACUGUCGUUCGCUCAUCAUUCCGGUUAUGUAGAAGCUUGAAUUGCACAGACGAGCGGGGUGGCGCCUACCCAUAGGAAAAAUGUACUUGAUUGAUAUUUUUGUUCGUUUGUGCCAGUAAACGGUUGGGUUCCAGUUGAGUUUAAUAUAAACGUCCACGGCAGUGAAUGAGUUAAUAGUUUAAACUGUAAACAUUACAAAUUAUGAUCCCAAAAAAAAAACCAAUGUGAUCUGAUUUUAGCAGAGCAAAACCAUACACAUGCGGCAGACUCUCCGGAACAACCCGAGCUAAACAUAGUUCCUCCCUGACCUACAAAGUUGUUAAACAGUCAAGAUGUGUCACUUGGACAUAAUUUCUUGACACCAAUUACUACUAUCCUCAUAUCCAGGGCUUUGGCGCCAUCUUGUGGCAUCUUGGCAUUACAGAAAGAGAAAAGGUGAAUUUUGCAGCGAAUAGUGGGAGGGGGAUUGCGGAGUGAAUGCCGGUGGGCUUCAUGUAGCAGCAGCAUGCACCAUCUCUUAUUCCGUUGCUCUUUAUUUAUUCUCAUUCCUUUCUACCAGUGAAAGAGAGGCUCACUUCUUAGAGUAUUUUGUCAUUCAUACGGUUUCAUUUCCCAGGCACUUUCAUGUCGUAACCGAAGGUUUCGAUCCUCCUGCUGCCAUGGCAUGUGUAAAUAUCUUUUUUUUUAAAUGUUUUUUUUAUUUGACCCCUCGCUCUCUUUUUUAAUAUAUUACAGAGCUGUUUAUAUCUCCUGCCACUCGUUCUGUCCAUAUGUCUGUGCUUGUCUAUUCUGUAAAUACACCCUUGUGUCGCCAUGUAAAUAUUGCAGAGGAGAAAAGAAGAAGAAGUUGUCAUGUUUGUCCAGCACCUUUUCUUUCAUUUUCUCUCUCUCUCACUCUCUCUCUCACUCUCACUCUCUCUCUCUCUCUCUCUCUCUCUCUCUCUCUCUCUCUCUCUCUCUCUCUCUCUCUCUCUCUCUCUGCCUCUGCUUUUCCCAAAUGAAUCUCGUGCCAGUGGCUCAGUAGCGAGGCUUCCUCUUCCCAAUGGGAGGUGUGCCGGCCGCCUGCUUCACUUGAUUUGGCAACAGAGCUGCUUGUUUGUUUGUGUGUUGAGUUCAAUCUUAUUUAGGGAGGAAGGAAGAAGAGAAAAAAAAGUUACAUCUUGUCACUUGGAGUCACACAAUAAUGUCCAGCGAAUUCACAUGUGCUGCUAAUUAUCAGCAGGUGACAUUUUGCGGUACGACUGCAAACGAAAGCCUCAGUGUGUAUGUGAGUUUUUGUUUUGUUUCCUUGAUUUGACACUUUUUAUCCUUUAGUUCUGCUCUGGGCCGAGAUGGAGAAGGAGAGAGAAAGAAAAGCCAACCUGUUUGUCUGUUCUGUGCGCGUAUGUGAAUUCAUUUACUGUAAUAAAGUGAUGAUGAAACAGUUGAA